UUGGUGGGGAAAUAUGUCCAGUGCUGUAAAGUGGUAAGAGGGAAGGCUGCAGAGAAGUGUGGGCUGGCUUACACUGGCACUUAAAAAGAAGCUCACUUUGGUCUUCAGUGCACUUCACCAGCAGUCUGGCUGGGAGGCUAAGGAGGGAGCAGUGAGAGAGUGGAUGAGACAAGAGCUUCAGGGGGAAGGUGUACUCUCACUUCAUUGGAGCAAGAGUAUUUUUAGCCCUAUCUACAAACUAUUCCACUUUACAGAUUUUCCUGCCACUCUUUCUUUGGGGGAAGCUAGCCAUGGGCACUGGUGUGAACAGGUUUCUGUGGUCAGUGCUGCUGCUGCUGCCAGUCUUGGGGCUCUCCAAGGCUUUGCCAGAGCACUGGCUCCCAGGGGCGUACGAAAACAACAUCGCUCAUGCUUUACAGUUCCUCAGUGACUACAACAGCACUGCUGAGGAGGUGUUCUUCUACAGUGUUUCUGCCAGCUGGAAUUAUAACACCAACAUUACGGACCACAACUCCAAGCUUCAGGUAAAUGCAUCACUUGAAGAACAGGCCUUCGCUGAAGCCUGGGGAGGGAAGGCCAAGCAGGUCUUCACUACAGAUGUUCUCAACUCUCUCCCUGACCCGAAAGACAAGAAACUGAUGGAAAAGAUUAUGGUUCUGGGUGCUGCCAACCUCCCCCAGAAUGAGAGAGAAGAGUAUAACACCAUUCUCAGCACCAUGGACAAUAUUUAUUCAACAGCUAAAGUGCGACCUCAGCCAAACAUAAGCUGGAGCCUCGACCCUGAGCUCACAGAUAUCAUGGCCAACUCCAGGAGCUACAAGAAGCUGCUGUACGCGUGGGAGGGCUGGCACAACGAAUCCGGUAUGCCUCUCAAGGAGCUCUAUCCCAGGUUUGUGGAGCUCAGCAACAAAGCCUCUCAAGCUGACGGAUUUGAUGACACUGGGGCUGAGUGGCGCUCUUGGUAUGAGUCCUCAACCUUUGAGCAGGAUAUAGACAACCUCUACAAGACCAUCGAGCCACUCUACCUGAACCUUCACGCCUUUGUGCGGCGUCAGCUUUACAAGCAGUACGGUCCCAAGUACAUCAAUCUUAAAGGACCCAUUCCUGCGCAUCUGUUAGGAAAUAUGUGGGCCCAGACCUGGAACAACAUUUACGGAAUGAUGAUCCCAUUUCCUGACAAACCCAACAUAGAUGUGACUAAUGAAAUGGAGAGACAAGGCUAUAAUGCCACACACAUGUUCCGUGUGGCUGAGGAGUUCUUCACCUCCCUGGGUUUAGAUGAGAUGCCACAGGAGUUCUGGGACGAAUCCAUGCUGGUUAAGCCUGAGGGCCGAGAGGUGGUGUGCCACGCAUCCGCCUGGGACUUUUACAACCGCAAAGACUUUAGGAUAAAGCAGUGCACCACAGUGAACAUGGAGCAGCUCUUCACUGUGCACCAUGAGAUGGGCCACAUCCAGUAUUACCUGCAGUACAAGGACCAGCCUGUGGGCUUCCGUCGUGGAGCCAACCCUGGUUUUCAUGAGGCUAUUGGCGAUGUUUUGUCUCUUUCUGUUUCCACUCCCAAGCAUCUGCAAACCAUUAACCUGCUGGAAAGUGUGACCUCUGACACUGAAACUGAUACCAACUACCUGUUGAAGAUGGCUCUGGAGAAGAUAGCCUUCCUUCCCUUCGGUUACCUCAUUGACCUCUGGAGAUGGGGCGUGUUUAGUGGACGCACUCCUCCUGAGCGGUACAACUCUGACUGGUGGUACCUCAGGACAAAAUAUCAAGGCAUCUGCCCACCCACCAGGCGUACAGAGGAUCACUUUGAUCCUGGGGCGAAAUACCACAUCCCGGGAAACACACCGUAUAUCAGGUAUUUUGUCAGCUUCAUCCUGCAGUUCCAGUUUCACGAAAAACUGUGUGAAGCAGCCAAACACACCGGCCCCUUGUACACAUGUGACAUCUACCGCUCUGCAGAAGCGGGAGCCAUUUUAAAGAAGGUCCUUCAGGCUGGCUCCUCUAAACCUUGGCCCGAAGUGCUCCAGGACGCUAUAGGCAUCAAUAAGCUGGAUGCCGGCUCACUAAUGAAAUACUUCGACCCCAUUAUUCAGUGGCUGCAAAAGCAAAAUGCGGGUGAGACCCUGGGAUGGCCUGACUUCAACUGGGUGCCACCCAUCCCUGAAGGCUACCCUGAGGAUAUUGACAAGAAUACAGAUGAGCUGGAUGCAAAGAAUUUUCUGGACGAGUACAACAGCACCGCUGAGGUGGUGUGGAACGCCUACACUGAGGCCUCCUGGAAGUACAACACCGACAUUAACGAAGCCAAUAAGAAGGAAAUGCUUGAGAAGAACCUGGAGAUGUCGGCCCACACUCUGGAAUAUGGACUGAAGGCCCGUCAGUAUGACACCACGGACUUCCAGGAUGCUUCGGUCAAACGCAUCAUCAAGAAACUCAGUGACAUCGACAGAGCCGCCCUGCCUCCUGCUGAACUGGAAGAGUACAACAAUCUUCUGUCCAACAUGGAGACCAAGUACAGUGUGGCUGAAGUCUGCAGAGAUGAUGGGACAUGCCAUCCAUUAGACCCAGAUCUUCAGAAGAUCAUGGCACAGUCCAGAGACUAUGAUGAGCUGUUGUUUGCCUGGAAAGGAUGGAGGGACUCAGCUGGCAAAGUAAUUCGUGAGGAUUACAAGAGAUAUGUUGACCUGGCCAACAAAGCUGCCACACUGAAUGGUCAUUCUGAUAAUGGAGCUUUCUGGCGGUCCCUGUAUGAAACCCCGACCUUUGAGGCAGACCUGGAGACUCUGUGGAAGGAGUUGGAGCCGCUCUAUUUGAAUGUACACGCUUACGUUCGAAGGGCUUUGUACAAAAAGUAUGGUCCUAAGUACAUCAGCCUCAGGGGACCCAUUCCUGCUCAUUUGCUUGGCAAUAUGUGGGCACAGACAUGGUCUGGCAUAAUGGAUUUGGCCAUUCCCUACCCAGAUGCCACACAGGUUGACGCCACGCCAUUUAUGGAGGCACAGGGUUGGAACCCCAUCAAGAUGUUUCAAGAAUCAGACAAUUUUUUCACCUCCCUGGGUCUGCUGCCAAUGCCACAAGAAUUCUGGGAUAAAUCCAUGCUGGAGAAGCCCUCUGACGGGCGCCAGGUGGUGUGCCACGCCUCUGCAUGGGACUUCUAUAACCGAAAAGACUUCAGAAUUAAACAAUGUACUGUUGUGACCAUGGACGACCUGAUCACGGUGCACCACGAGAUGGGCCACGUUCAGUAUUUCCUCCAGUACAAAGACCAGCCAGUGUCCUUCCGCGAUGGAGCCAACCCUGGUUUCCAUGAGGCCAUUGGCGAUGUUCUGGCCCUGUCUGUGGCCACACCCAAACAUCUGCAGAGCAUCGGCCUCCUGGACAAAGUUGAGAACAACGAAGAGAGUGAUAUCAACUUCCUAAUGAGCAUGGCACUUGACAAGAUCGCCUUCCUACCUUUCGGCUACCUGAUGGACCAGUGGAGGUGGAAGGUGUUUGAUGGACGCAUCCCAUCAACUGAGUAUAAUAAAGAAUGGUGGAACCUCAGAAUGAAGUACCAGGGACUGUGUCCACCUGUAACCCGCACUGAGGAUGACUUUGACCCAGGUGCAAAAUUCCACAUCCCUGCUAAUGUGCCCUACGUCAGGUACUUUGUUAGCUUCAUCAUCCAGUUCCAGUUCCACAAGGCUCUGUGUGAUGCUGCCAACCAUACUGGGCCUUUGCAUACCUGUGAUAUCUACAAAUCUCAGGAGGCUGGGAAGCUGCUGGGUGAUGUGAUGAAGCUCGGGUUCAGCAAACCAUGGCCUGAGGCUAUGACUAUGAUCACUGGUCAGCCCAGAAUGAGUGCCCAGCCACUCAUGGAGUAUUUCAAACCUCUCAUUCAGUGGCUGGAGACAGAGAACAACAAGAACAACGAAGUCCGCGGAUGGCCUGAGUACGACUGGAAACCUUCAACUGACAAGGCCAGUGAGGGCACCAAAGUGAACUUUCUGGGUCUGAAUGUGGACAGUACCUCUGCCGUAGCUGGCCAGUGGGUCCUGCUGGUCCUUGGCGUCGUCCUUCUGCUGGCUACCAUCGUUCUUGCCUACAAGUACAGAAAAUCAAGAAAGCCUGAGAAGUCCUUAUCCACGAUGGAGCUCAAGCAAAAAGACUAGCCAUCGGUGACAGAUGAAGAGCUAAAGUGAGGCCUGACUUACUGUAGCUAGAACAUUACCAACCUCAAUGUGAACAUCAGUGUUUUUGUGUACCGCAUUAUAUCAGAACAAAUUUGCGCCUGUUUUUUGGUCUGCCUCCCCAUCUAGUCUUGUAUAUUUAUUGCAUACACUCAAAUUAUUUUUUGCCUAUGCAAAAGAACAUAACAAUUUUGUAAUUUAUUUGUAAUAUUUGAAUGUUUAGGGAGGAUAUGUUUUUCAAAAAAGAAUGUAAAGUCAUUCAUCAUGUAAACAUUUUUGAAUAUUUGAUUUGUUUUCUUUGUUAAAUCCUCUGCAUUUCUACAAUAAAGACAUUAAAUAUGUA